GGGAUUUGGUGGGGGAUGAUCACUGGAGUUUUCUUGCAAACAAUAACUUUAAUUAUUCUUACUGCCAGAACAAAUUGGGAUGCCGAGGUUCAAAAAGCAGCUGCACGUUUGAAGGGCUCAUCAAAUGAAGCGUCAUCUUUGGUAGACACCAUUUAA